CUCUUGUCCAACUGAGUGUUCAGGCUUUAGGAGCAGACGUGGGAUAGGAACUGACAACGUGAAAAUUCAGUUUUCAAAACAAAACAACACAUCGAAGUGCAUAGAAAUAUUGAUUCACUUUUGGGGUCUUAUUACACUGUAUGACACUGGAAUAUUUUUCUAAAGGCUGCUCAGUGUAAUUGUAUUUUGUUUGUUAUUUAACAACGCUCUCAAUUCUGGUGCAUUCGGGCAGAGUUCAACUUGAUUGAAGUGUGGCAGGUCUGAUAGGUAUUGUAAGAAAACUGAAGACACAGAUCUCUGAAAUAAUACUGACUGGAUUUAUGCUGGAUAUUUCUAAGUUUUUAAAUGGUAAGAUUUAUUGUGACGUCGCAAAGAAAACAAGGAUGCUUCCAAAUCGCUAUUUUUACCACAUUUGUAGUGACGAUGUAAACUUGCAGAAAUAAUGACGUCAGUCACACGUGGUGGCAGCCACAUUGGAAGUCAUGCAGACAAAAACGGUGGUGGCGCCUACCACCAAAAUCAUCACAGGCUGUCAAACAGCAGCGCCACCAUUCAGAUUAAAUCGACUUCAGCAAAAAGUGGUGUCAGGGGAGCCUCAGAGUCAAACUAUAAAGCCGCAGAAGGCAAUGAUGCUCGCUCUCCUAGAUCUUACGAACAAGGAGCUCGAGGCAGCGUGGCGAGUGGUGAAAUCCCUUAUGGGCGUUCUUCUAGGCAUCACGAGGACAUAACGAUGUCUUCUCCUUCCAAUGGGCACAGUUCGAAUCAUUACAAUUCAACGACUUCGUCCAGGAUUCGCUCGGCGGAUCGUGAUCGUGGACAGUAUUCUGACAAUGGGGCGUCCAAAAGAAGAGAUGACGGGGCGCAAAGAACACGCCACGCUGGCGCUCCUCGCGACGAUGACAUUGAUAGAUAUUUUACGUUGCAGCAUGAGAGCAAAAGCAGCUCCAAGAAAGGUAACUCGUUACGAAGGUCGACAUCAACCGACUAUGAAAACCCUGAACAUGGAGAGAUGCCUUCCAGAAGAUCCAGAGACAAAGAUCAUGAUUCCAAAGACAGACGGCGCAGCAGCUCGCAGACGAGAAACCCAGAAUGGACUGAGAAAGAUCUAAGAGGGCAGCCAUCAACAGCUUACAGUGACCAUAGGAGGUCAUCCAAGACUGAAUACGAUUACAGGGACGACGCUUAUGGGAGACGUACUUCUGAAAUGUCGUAUAGGGAAACUCAGGGUCAGUAUGAACGCCGACGCAGCAACGCCGGACAAAGUGGUGACGGACUUCGCUACCAUGACGAUGGUUCUCGCUCGUCAUUGAGACUUUCAUCCAGUAGGCAGAGUUUGGAAUCCGACUCUGAUCGAUAUUACAACUCACGCCAGAAAAACAGCGGGUCAACCUACUCAGUCCAUGACGAGAGAGACAUGCACCAAGGGUAUGCAACGACUGGAAGAAGAUCCAGCAAUGUCAAGUCCUAUGAUUAUGCUACUCUGCCCAAAGCCUCAUCCAAUAAUGGAAUCCCCAUCGAAAGAACCUCGGUAACGAACUCUGCAGUAAGUAGCACCAAAAGCGCCAUUAGGUCUUCCCAAGGAAAGGACACGUAUCGCAAAGAAGGAACUCAGCUGGGUGAAGAUCGAGCAUCGAAGGUUAAAGGCGAAGACACUCGUAGAGAAGAUUCUACUCAAAGUAAAGCUCUUAGAAGUCCAGCACUACAACAGCGAUCGAACGAAGACAAUGAAAAUGUACCUGUAUCACACAAUGAUGGCAACAGCUCAAGCAGGAAGUCAUCUGCUCGGUCUAAUCAAGAUACUGGAUUCGUUUCGUCUUCUUCCUCUUCGUCUCGCCGAGAAGAACCUCAAUCUAGAACCAAUCCGCAUGCCUCUCCACUUUCAAGUCAUUCCGAUGCCGAACCUGCAAGAAACAGAAGGAAAUCUCAGAUUUCUUCCAAUCAUAAUCCUGAACCUUCAACUCAUGCUCAACACACAAAAGACCACUACGUGUCAUCUAGCAGUAAAGGAGAUUCAAGUUUAGAAGAACCUAUACACGGGCAUGGAUCCCAUUCCAAGGAAAGUCUAAAAUCUAUUGAAAAUCCACUAAGGGAUUCUCCGUCUAUGAGCCGAGACACUAUUAACAAAUCAAAUAUUUUCAAAAGUAACCAAUCCCUCAAUGAUGAAAACGCAGCAUCUAUCGCGGCAAAAGCAAGGAAUGCCUUGCCAUCAGAAAACCAAAUUCCCAGGACCUCACAUGUUGCCUCAAGAGCUCAACCUAAAUUAGAAUCUGGUACCUCAGCCCCAAAGACGAAUAACUCCAGAUCUUACAUUGCAGGAAGCAUCUCAUCUUUACUGGCUCGUGCUACCGGUGGACAAUCGGCCUCUUCACAGGGUAACCGAGACUUCACUUCCGUUAGCGAAAGGUGGCGAAGCCUAAAAGAAGGUAUUCUGUCAGAUGCUGAAUCAAGUACUUCCGGUGGCAAAGAGAGUGCUGCGGCUUUGUUCACAGCAGCCGCCACAAAGUUCAUCACCUCUUUACCAAAUUCUAUUGUGAAAAACAUUCCCUUACAAACAAACACGCCAUCUCCUCCAGCUUCAACAGCUUCCACACCUGCAGGGGCGACACCUCAAACACGCCUCAAGACUCAAUCCCAUAACAGAAUUCCAGAUUUUAGCACAGCUGCUAAAAAGGAAGAUAUUUUUUCCAUCCCCAGGUCUAAGACCGAAGAAAGAGGCCAUCUUGCAUUGUCAAAACCAGAAAGCAGCGUAAACACAAACCCAGCUAACGGUGACAAAUAUUUAAACCAAGAGAAACAACUUUCGUUUGAAAAACCGCCACAUAUAGAUAGAGCCUCCAAUAUACAGAAACAAUCUAGUACAGAGAAACAGACUACAUCUAGUGAUCAACAUAGCUCAGAGAAAACAACGUCCUUGGAGCAAAAACUUGGAGGAGAAAGAGGUUUAAGCUCUAAAGAUAAACAGCUCAACCCCGAGAAGCAGCUCAACUCUGAGAAGUCAUCUUCUGAGAAAUUGCAGAGUCCCGAACAAAGUGUGAUCAACGAUAGAAAGCUUAGUUCAGAGAGGCUGUCUCAUACUGACAGGCUGUCUCAUACCGACAGGCUGUCUCACACAGACAGGCUGUCUCAUACUGACAGAAUAUCACGUUCGCCCAAGGAGGACAGGCGGUCGGAGGUGAGCAAGGACAAAAUCUAUGCUGCUCGUAAUGGUCUCAGCAAUGCUAACCCUCGAGGAAAUCCUCGACCCAGCGUCGUUUCAUCUACUCUAAGCAACGGCCGUACCCAUGGCUAUUCCAAGCUGGACACCUCAGAGAAGCUGGACAGCCCACAAACUGAUGAUAGCGGUCAAAUGACGCCACCAGACCAGGGCGCCGACAUGAAGAGGCGCAGCAAAGAAAUGGACGGGGAGCUGACCUCCUUUCUGCCAGCCGAAAUGUCCCGAAGAGAGGAAAAAUUUCACGAUGCGGCCCGCAUGAACGAUGCCGCCCUUAUACGCGCAUUGCUGAAAGAAAAGGUCAAUGUCAACUGCAAGAACAGCUUGGACAGGACUGCCCUUCACUGGGCUGCAGCAAAUGGUCAUUUAGAAGCCGUAGAAGCCUUGAUAGAAGGUGGGGCUGACCUUGAAGCAAAAGACAAGUACGGCAUGAGAGCAAUUCUUUGGUCAGCGUGGUUUGGUCACAUUCCAGUAUUAAAAGCAUUAAUUAACGCUGGUGCCAGCACUAGGGUGACUAACAAGCAAGGUCUCGGCGUGCUCCACUGUGCAGCAGAAAAUAAUCAUGUUAAUCUCAUUGCCUUCAUUUUCGAUGCGCUAGAACCUCAUGACAUCAACAAACAAGACAUCAAUGAACGCACGGCCCUACAUUCAGCCGCCGAGGGAGGUCAUUUCGAGUCUGUCGUCAGGUUGUUGGAGGCCAAGGCCGAUUUGCAUAAAAAGGACAAGGCUGGUAUGACCGCAGUCCACCUAGCGGCCAAGAAUGGACACAUUGACGUUUUGAAAGCUUUGUUGAUGCAGGGAGUUGAAGUAGACGACCGCGAUGUGGAAGGCAAGACUGCUCUGCAUUUAGCAGCUGAAGCUGGUCACAAGGAAGCCGUGGAUCUUUUGUUGGACUACACGGCUAACCCAAACUCUGAAACCAUUAAAGAAUUCACACCUCUUCACUUGGCAGCCAUGGAAGGUCACACGGAAAUGUGUAAAAGUCUGGUCAAAUAUGGCUGCAAUACAAAUGCUCAAAAUUACCAAGGUAACACAGCUUUAUUCUUGGCAGCGAAUGGAAAUCACAAAGAAGUGGCCAGGGUUUUAGUAGAUGCUAAAUGUGAAAUUGACUUGCCGAAUAGUCGGAUGCAAACACCUCUUCACGUGGCUGUAGAAUGUGGUCACUUGGAAGUAGUCCAGGUGUUGCUUGCAGGUGGUGCUAGCCUGGAUACAAGAGAGAAAUCUGGGAAGAGUGCCCUUCAACUGGCCGCUAGAGGAAAUCACGUGGCUGUAGUGGACAUGCUGAUCAAAGCUGAGAGAUAUUACGCUUACACCCGAGAGUAUCAUGACAAAGAUGUCGGCUACUUAGAUCCUGACACUUACCUCCGAAAAGCUCAACACCCUCAUGCCUCUCAGAUGAAAGAUGUUCUGUGGAAACUUGCCACCAAACAGCUCAAACCAAAUGAUUGGAAAAAACUGGCCUACCAUUGGCACUUCACAGCAGAGCACGUCAAAGCUAUUGAACAGGAAUAUACAGGUGCUACAAGCUACAAGGAUCACGGAUUUAGAUUGUUAAAUAUUUGGCUGCAUGGGGUUCGGAAAGACGAGAAUGUCCUGAAACUUUUAUAUGAAGCUUUAGUCGCCAUUGAUAGAAAACAAUUGGCAGAAAACAUUAGGAAAAAAGUGAAUUUGCUUGCUGAGAAACCUUGUUCCCCGACACUUUGCUCCGUGUCCUAGCAGGAAGAGAUGGACUACGCACCAGUGUAAUUAGCUAGCUAGUUCUAUUCUAUGCAAUUCCCAAGUCCCUAAAGAAGGACUUUAUCGACGGCUUUGGACAAUCGCAUUAUUGAUCAAAUCAAACUGGGUUGAUUCUAGCAUGUUUUGUACUUAGGUCUAGGUUAAUGAAUAUGGCUGUGUUUUGUACUUAGGUCUAGGUUAAUGAAUAUGGCUGACUUUAUUUGUAAUUAGAAUUAUUUAAUUUUUACUGUCUUUUUAUAUAGUUAAGUGAUGUUGUAGAGUUAUACUCAUAACCUGUAUGCAAGGGUAAAUAAUCUGUUAACAUGUAACUUGCCAAAAAGCUUUAAGCUAAUUGACAAUUAUUGAUUUUAAAAUAAUGCAUUGUUUUACAUUUAUUAUUUUAUUUAUUGCUAAAGUAAGUAGGAUAUGCAAAUUUUUAAAAAUAUUUGAAUCUUUUCUUUUCUAAUAUUGAUCAAUGAUUUUCAGAAUACAUUUACAUUUACCAAGCUUAUAUCGACUCACUCUGUCUGUCUGUCUGUCUGGUAAAACGUUCGUUCACUUUAUCCACCACACACUGAAUUUUAAAAAAUGGAGGCGCUGUGGCUGAGUGGUAAAGCACUUGGCUUCCAAACCGAGGGUUCAGGGUUCGAAUCCUAGUGAAGACUGGGAUUUUGAAUUUCUGGAUGUUAGGAUGCCUCUGAGUUUACCAAGCUCUAAUGGGUACCUGACAUUAGUUUGAGGAAAGUAAAGGCGGUUGGUCGUUGUGCUGGCCACAUGACACCCUCAUUAACCGUUGGCCAAAGAAACAGAUGAUCUUUACAUCAUCUGCUCCAUAGAUCGCAAAGUCUGAAAGGUCUACUUUACUUUUACAAUAAAAAAAAAAUACAAUUGAUAAUUUAUUUAUUUUUCGGUAUCGAACAAGGGAAAGAAAUUGUACUUGACAGAGUGAUAAGUUGAAUUAGUCCCCUUUAUACUUAGUGUACAGAAUUAGUUCGUCACUUAAACGUUUGAAAUUGACAAUAGAUGACAAUAAAACUUCUAUUUUCAUAAACUCUUUUUGGCACAGUGGUUAGUGUAUUGGCUUGAGGAGGCUUGAGUCGUAGAACGUUUUUUUUUAUAGAAUACAUUUUAAAAAAGCGAUUACGGUAGCCUUCUCACAGAUAACCCCUACUUUCUUCUCCCACACCCUCGGUCCAGACAAGUGAUAGGAUCAUAGCGCAUUUAGAAAGCUAAAAGCAUGAAAUAACGCUAAACAAAAACAAUUGUUAAAAAGUAUUUUUGUUUAUUUUUUCUUGUUUAUUGUUAUAAAUGUACAAUAUUAUCACCCCUAAAAUGUUAUCCCCUUUUGUGAAGUAUUUACAGAGCUUUGAACAUUUUCCUCUUUGUUUAUGUCAGGGUUGUUGUUUUCUUUUCACAUAAAAUCAGGUAAAUAGAUUACAACAGAAAAUUAUUAGAAAGUAUUUUCUGUUAACAGUUUAAAAACAAACUUUGCCAAUGUUGUCUGAUGUUUUCCUUUCACACACACAAAUUGUUUGUAGUUGUUUAAAAUAAAUUGACCUACACUGAUUUUUCUAUUUCAACCGGUGCUUUAAAUUUGAAAUAGUGUUUUUUGAUUUCCUGUGAUAAUUAUUUUUGAAAAAUGUCUUUUAGAAACUAUUUUUGUUUUGAUUUGACAAACUUAGGUCAUUUUUAACCUCUAUUACGACUUUUUAAAAAUCUAUUCCUUCAGUUUGGAUUGAAAAGAUUUUUUCCUUAGAUGAUUUCUAGCUUUUUUAAAACUAUAAUUAAAUAGGAAAUAGAAUGGGGAUGGGGAGUUUGUUUCAAAGUAAUGUCUGUAAGUUAUACGGUAACUAUUACAGAAAGCUGUGACAGUCCGGGCAUGGUAAAAAUUCUGCUAGUAGUUUUAUAGCUAAUACAUGUGUAAAGUGUGUUUCUCUCAUAGUUAAUGUAGGGUACACUGUGUAAUGUUACUUUUUAUAUGAUAAAUAAUUUGUUUUGUUACUUCAACCUAACAAAAAAAAUUCCUGUUUUUUUCUGUUCUCAUUGUUACAUUAGUUCACAUUUAGCUUAUCAGUAAGUAAAGUUGCUAAUAGAUGCCAAUAGUAUAGCCAGAUAGAUCGAAUCGAUCAAUGAGUCCUAGUCUAGAUGUUCACUAUAAGUUGUAAUCAUUUCUUAGGGAAACACACUCUAAUUAUAGCACUCCCCCAACGACUCAGUAGAUCUAGUGAUUCCUCUUCGUGUGAUUACCUUAAUAUUUAGUUUCUUCAUAGCCAUCAUAUGUAUCUAAUGUUAUAGAGAACCGAUAUUUGUACAAUGACAACGUAUUGAGUGCUUUGCUAUGAGAAUGUUUUCACACAGAUUGUCUGAUCUCAUAUUAAACAAAAUAAUGAAGUUAAGUUCAUGUCACCAUUAAUUAUAAAAUAUACUUAGUAAUAUUAAGGAACAAUGAUUUCUCAUAUAAAAGCAGACUGGGAUGUCUGAAACUUGUGCUCAUUGAGAUAACUAUACUGUUCAUUUAAACCCUAAUCCCAACCGGUCCUGACCAUACAAUUAUUCUGAGAUUUAUGAGUUAGUCUACGCGGUCUCUUGCCCCGAGUCUGACCCACCCGCCAGACAGAACAGUGUACACUAUUCUCAUUCAGGCCGGUAAGAGGGAGCUCUUGUUCACUUUUGCUGGCCUCGAGUUUCAAGAGCCGAAGGCUCAACUCUACCUGACAGUUUCAGAAGAAGAAAUGUAAGAGUUUGUUUUGCUGGGUUGCAUCGUAUUGAGAUCUAUAUAACCCUAUUGGAUGAAAAGUAUGCUUAAUGCAAAUCUAAGUUAUUGUUUUUUGAAUAAUUUCAUUCUCGGUGAGCAAAAUAUAAAUACUACGAAUAUUGGAAAUAAUUAUAAAUGAGACGAAGAGUUGCCAACUACAGAAAGACAUUUUUUUUUAUGAGGCGACUGAACUAUUAAUGUAAAUUUCAACACAAGACAGAGUCAAAUUCAUUCAACAAACUUUCAGAGUUGGCAAUACUUUGUGGUGAUGUCUCAUAGCUUUGCAUUUAUUACUUUAUUUCUUAUGAUACAAAAUAAAAUGUGUAUAACAUCCAUAAGUAUGCCAGUCACAUGUCAGUGUCUGUGUACAUAGGAUUUGUUAUUGUCAUUAUGUUAUGACUUGAAAACUCAACUCUUAUUUUUGACGCUCUUGUCAAUGUGUGAUAUAUAAUGACAUUUUACUGACAUUUGUGAUAAAGGCUGACAUUUUUACUGACUUUUUCAACAUGUGAUAAAAACCGACAUUUUAUUGACAUUUUCAGCAUGACAUUUUAUUAUUAUUGCAUUUCUUCUUUUGUUUAA